AUGAAGGACAUUGAAUUAGUUAGUCUUUCUGGCAGAAUUUCCGCUAAUGAAUCCAUUAGCGUCAUAACCGAGACCAUCAGAGCCAAUUCUAUAUCUAGACUGGAAACCCCUGAUGAUUCAGUAGAUUUUUCUGAAGUUGAAAUCAACAAUAAUGCUGUAGAUAACUCGGGAGAGAUUUCCGUCUUAUCAAAUGAUUUUGAUGAUAAAGACGAUCAAUAUUAUCCGGAAGGAGGUCUUGAAGCCUAUUUAGUGAUGUUUGGAUCAUUCUGUGGUGCUAUCACUUCAUUAGGAAUGAUUAAUUCCAUUGGUGCUGUUCAAGCUUAUGUUUCAAAUCAUCAAUUAAUGAAUUUGAAAGCCACAACCGUUUCUUGGAUAUUCUCCAUUUACUUAGCUAUUUGUUAUUCUGUUGGGAUUAUCAUAGGCCCAAUAUUUGACUAUAAGGGUGCCAGAGGUUUAAUCAUCGUUGCUACUGCCUUAACUUUUAUAGGUUUAAUGGCAGCUGCAAAUAGUACUGAGAUCUACCAAUUCAUUCUCAGUUUCAUUUGUUUAGGACUUGGUAAUGGAAUUGCUUUAACUCCAUUGAUAGGGGUAACCAAUCAUUGGUUUUUAAGAAGAAGAGGUUUCAUGACAGGUAUAGUGACUAGUGGAGGAAGUGUUGGAGGUUUAUCAAUGCCUUUGAUCUUAAGACAUGCUUUUAAAGUAUAUGAUUAUGUUUGGGCUAUUAGAAUUAUAGCAUUUUACUGCUUAGCCUUGAUGUUAAUUGCCUGCUUUUUGGUUAAAGCAAGAAUCUUCAGAACUAAGGUUCCUCAAGAGAAAACUAAAUUCCUGAUUGCUGAUACCACUAAAAAGGUCAUGGCCAUUCUCAAAAAACAUUCAGAUAUAACAUUCGUCUUUACAGGAAUGGGAGCAUUCUGUUUGGAAUUAAGUCUUGUUUUGUUUUUAACUUAUUUCGUUACUUAUGCUAUGGCUCAAGGAUUUUCCGAAUCAACUGGUUAUUUAUUAUUGACUACUUGGAAUACUACUAGUAUUGUCGGAAGAUUGAUUCCUAGUUUGGGAUCAGACUUCAUAGGGAAAUACAAUGUCAAUAUCUUAAUGACAUCUGCUUACAAUUUAUGUAUAUUUGUAAUCUUAUUAGCGUUUGGAUAUAAAUUAUCAGCAUUAUAUGCAUUUGCAGGUAUUGGAGGUUUCUUUUCAGGUUCCAUCCUUGGUCUGAUUCCUGCAUGUUUAGCUCAAAUUACCAAAGUAUCUGAAUUUGGUGAAAGAUAUGGGAUUUUAAAUUUUAUCAUUAGUUUUGGAAAUUUAGUUGGUAUUCCAAUUGGUGCUGCUGUCAUUGAUGAUGGAAGCAUCAAAAACUAUAAUUACCUUAUUGUUUUGAUCGGUUGUCUUUCAACCUUAGGUACAUUGUUCUUUUAUAUUGCUCGAUUCACUAUGGUUGGUUUCAAACUCAAUGCUAAAGUUUGA